GUGAAGCGGAGAGGAGGAAGAUGGCGGCGGUCGGCCGCACGGUGGCGGGGACGGGGAGUCGCGCCGUGAAGCCCUUCCUGUCCCGGGACAUCAGCGAGGCCAAGCGGCGGGCGCGGGAGCUGUACCGGGCCUGGUACCGCGAGAUCCCCAACACAGUCCAUAUCUUCCAGUUGGAUAUCACAGUGAAACAGGGCCACGACAAACUGCGGGAGAUAUUCGCAAAGAACGCCCACGUGACCGACCCCAGGGUCUUAGACUUACUGGUGAUCAAGGGGAAGAUGGAGUUGGAGGAGACAACCAAAGUGUGGAAGCAGAAGACCCACGUGAUGCGCUUUUUCCACGAGACGGAGGUGCCGCGGCCCAAGGAUUUCCUCUCCCGGUUCUAUAACGGUCACAAUCCCUAACCUCCAGAUCUGUAAAUAUCUAAUAAUAAACACUGCAUUAACCC